UCUUGAAGGUCAGGUUGUACAGUAAACAAACGUAGUUUUAACGAUGUCCGCGAAAAAAUCUUACUUUUCCUCACUUGAUCGACCUUCAAAAGACAGAUAUCUACAAAAAAUAGCAUCUAUCAACAACAUCGAUCCUUAUGAAGUUCAAAACAAGGACUGGAGCCCAAAUGUUUGCGAUUUUCCGGCAGUCACGUUCUUGGAUCUCGUGUCAUAUCUAGUUCUGAAGUCAAGUGCUUAUACUCUUGACCAAUUCAAAUCUUAUAAAAGCCUCGAAGCCUAUAACCAGUUUGUCUCUGGAUGGGUUAAAGAAAUUAAAGUAAAAAAGGUCCACGACAAGAGCUUGACGAUCAUAACUGGACGGGUUAUGCAUUCACAGCGAGUGAGAGAUACACCACUAAUGCCCUGGAUUAUUGCUCAGGAUUCUGGAACUGUGGAAUCCGCACAUUGUAAUUGUAUGGCUGGCCUUGGCGAAACAUGCACCCACGUAGGAGCUUUACUAUUUGCAGUUGAAUGCUACAUUCGACACAGGGAGACAAAAACAGUCACACAAGAAAAAGCUUACUGGAUUGUGCCCCCAACCCGUGAAGUAAGCUAUGAACCUGUGUCUGAGAUUGACUUCACAUCUGCUUCUUCUCAAAGGAAAAACUUGAACAUGUUAAUAAACACUGGAAAGAAAAACGAAAAACCAGUUAGGUGUAAUGUGGCAGUCAAACCAACUGAAACUGAGAUUGCUGAAUWUUAUUCAUCAUUGAGCAAGACAACAGGACAACCUGCAAUUUUAUCAAUUAUAGAUGGCUACUCMGAUAACUAUGURCCAAAGUCCCUAGACAAGGAAAAGUAUCCUCUUGUGCUAACAGAGCUWCAUAGACAUGACUGCAURGGGAUAGAACAGCAAASUUUAGAAGGAACUUGCAGCAGCAUAAGUAUAUCAUGMACACCKGAGCAGGCACAAAAUGUUGAAAGGGAAACUCGGCAGCAAUCAAAGUCAAAAGCAUGGUAUCGCUUCAGAUCAGGAAGAGUGACAGCCUCAAAGCUUAAAGAUGCAUGCCAUACAAGCUUGGAAAAACCUUCAAGCUCUCUUAUAAAGACAAUAUGUUAUCCUGAGGCAACAAAGUUUGUGUCAGUUGCCACUAAGUGGGGAAGUGAUUGCGAAGAAAAAGCUAAAGAGGCCUACUCAACCAAAAUGAAAGAAAGACAUAUGAAAUUUGUCAUUUCUGAUUCAGGUUUUGUCAUCCAUCCUGAGUACCCACACCUUGGUGCAUCACCUGAUGGAGUGAUAAGUUGUGAUUGCUGCGAGGGAAAAGGCUGCCUAGAGAUCAAAUGCCCAUACAGUGCAAGGGACAAAACAGUUCAAGAUGCAGCAAGGGAAAAGAACUUCUGUUGUUCAAAUGUUAAUGGAAUUGUGCAGCUUAAGAAAUCUCAUGGAUACUAUUAUCAAGUACAAGCUCAGAUAUUCUUAACCGAUAGUGAUUACUGUGACUUUGUGGUUUGGACUCCAAAACAUUUUACAAUUGAACGUGUCUAUCCAGAUCAGAUCUUUUGGGAGGAAGCUGUGCAAAAGGCAUCAAAAUUCUUCCGCAUGUGUAUUCUUCUUGAGCUUGUAGGAAAGCACUUUACUGCAACUGAUGUCAACUCCUCAAACUUAGACACACAAGACUAUAAUGAAGAUGAAUCUGAGAGUUGGUGCUAUUGUGGUGGAGAAGAUGAAGGAGAGAUGAUUUGCUGUGACAACAAUAAUUGCAAGAUCCAAUGGUACCAUUUUGAAUGUCUGGGCUUGUCAGAAGCUCCUGUUGGAUCAUGGUACUGUCCACAGUGCAUUAGAGUUUCACCACGUGCUACAAAGAUUGCCAGAUGUGAAUGACUGACUACCUUUUUAUUAGUCCAAUACAGCCUGCCCCUCACAAUGUGCAUAUUGCAAGAUUUCAAAAUAUCAUCUGUAAAUUGCUUUUUAAUUACUAAAAUAUUAAUUACAUGUAUUACUGAUAAUGACAUUUUUAUUCAAUGUAAAUAUAUUUACUUAUUUAUAAAUAGUCUGGUCAUAGGAAUAAAAUGCUAUUCUCUUGGAAUUACAGAAUCACACACAUUUGUCAGCGCACAACAUACUUGUGCAAUUUUAUCUACGGUAGUUAAGCCCUGGGUAUCACAAACUUGUAAA